AUGUCCGGCAUCCAACCUGUGGCGUUCUACGCCAUGAAGGUUCCUCCGGGUGACAUUAUGGUUCCAGCAGUGCCAGAAUUUGCUGCGAUGUUCCGCUUGACCAUGGCCGCUAUUGACCCUUCUGCCGAGCCUGAAUUGGAGAGCGCCGACGACAAGCAACCUGCUCGAUCCACUCUCAAAGUCAUCCGCAUCCCUGAUCACUUGUUCGACUCAGAUGACGACUCGGAAGAUGACGACUUCAGUGACGAUUCUGAGGACGACUCAGAAGAUUCAGAAGAUGACGAAGAAGUCAAUGGUGGUCCAAGCACGAGAAAGUCAAAGAAGCAAGCUCUCCUCGAAGCCCUUGCUCAGGAUGAACAGGACGACGAGGAUAUGGCAGACGACGACGAGGAUGAUGAUAAAGACGAUGCCGAGGCCAUUGCGACAUUGGAGAAAUUAUUGAAGAGCUCCAAGGGCAAGGGCAAAGCCGUUGACGGUGAGGAACUCUCUGACGACGACGAAGCCUCUGAUGAGGAAGCAAUUGAAAUGGAUGAGGUUGUUGUCUGCACUCUUGAUCCAGCACAGCAUUACCAGCAACCUCUUGACUUUGUCGUCGCUGAAGGUGAAAAGGUCUUUUUCAAGGUCUCUGGUACCCACACAGUCCACCUCACUGGCAACUAUGUCAUCCCUCAAGAUGACGGCGCCGGCCCAAACUACGACGAGGAUGACUACUCAGAUGACGAAGAGGAGGAGGAUUAUGACCUCUCUCCCUACGAGGAAGACGAGGACGACGAACUAGACCAUGACAUUCUAGAUGCACUCGCCGAAGAAUCCGACGAUCUCGAUGACCUUGCCGACCCCCGCAUCACCGAAGUCGAAAGCGACGAGGAGGCCGCGCCCAAGCUCGUCAAGGCCGCCAAAGGCAAGGGCAAGAACAAGCGACCUGCUGAAGAGAGCGCCGACGAAGAGGGAGACGAGGACGACCUCGAUGCCAUCAUGGCCAAAUCACUCAAGAAGUCCGACGACGCUGCUGCACCGGCCACCACCAACGGUGAGAGCAAGAAACUGUCCAAAGCCGAGAAGAAGAAACUCAAGAAACUCAAGAACAACGACGGCGAAGCCGCAGCCGCUCCCGUCAAGAAAGAACCCGCUUCCUCAGCUAACGGCUCGGAGAAGAAGGUCCAAUUCGCCAAGAACCUCGAACAAGGCCCAACCCCCUCAGGCAGCACACCUACACCAGCCUCCAAACCCGAAAAGGAGAAGGCCAAAGACAAACCCACAGGCAACUCCAGCUCCACAUCCCUCGGUACCAAAGAAGUCCAAGGCGUGAGCGUCGACGACCGCAAGCUCGGCAGCGGGCCUGCGGCGAAGAAAGGCUCGCGCGUCGAGAUGCGGUACAUCGGCAAGCUCGAGUCCGGAAAAGUGUUUGACAGCAACAAGUCCGGCAAACCGUUCGGCUUCAAGCUCGGCGCCGGCGAGGUCAUCAAGGGCUGGGACAUCGGCGUCGCCGGCAUCCAGGUCGGCGGUGAACGACGCCUCACCAUCCCUGCCCACCUCGCCUACGGAUCGAAAGCUCUGCCCGGCAUCCCCAAGAACAGUAAGCUGAUCUUCGACAUCAAGUGUCUGGGUAUCAAAUGA